AUCGCAUGGCUGCUUCGAGAGACUACCCGUCUCCGUCAACCACGAUCUCUGGUCUGACCUUACCUUCAACAUGUGAUCCUCCCGGAGAAGAGAACNCCCCAACGCAGAAAACAUGGAUUGUCAGUCUCGCUUCUGUUCCUUGCUUGGNNGUCUUCGGUGCUACUGGCCACAUGGGACGUUCAAUUGUCAAGACGUGUCUUUCUCAUGGCGACAAGGUCACUGCUGUUGGCCGUGUUGGCGAGCACACGCUUGAUCAGAUGCAAGGCUGGCACGACUCUUGUCUCGGCCUCUUGUGCGACGUGAGAGUUUCUAAAACAGUCGAGUCUGUCAUCGAGAAUACAAUUCGACAUUUCGGUGCUGUGGACGUCAUUGUCAAGUCAGUAUACCUCCUCGAAUUUCCCAAUAUCCCCGAUUUCAUCAUUGACUUUACCACANGUUGCACUGGAUACGGCGUCAUUGGAGCUUGUGAAGACCAAGAUGUUUGCGAUCUUCGUGCACAAUUCGAAACCAACUUCUUCGGCUGUCUCAACAUUGUCCAGCAGUCGCUCCCCUACUUUCGCAAACGCAACGCUGGCCGAUAUCUGAUUUUUUCUUCAACCUCCGGUGCACUCGGUGUCCCCGGCCUCGGUCCCUAUUGCGCAACCAAAUAUGCAGUCGAAGGUUUGAUUGAAAGCUUGCUCUACGAGGUCGAUGCUUUCAACAUCAAGGCCACCCUCGUCGCCCCAGGCCAUCUCCGUCUCGACGAACCCACGGGACUGGAUGACAAGGGUUCAGAUUCAGCUGACAAGAGCCGCCUACCAACCUAUGGUCAUUUUCUGGUCAAGUCACCGUCUCAGCCUUAUGAAAGCCAGAAUGCUCCUGCCGCUCACGCGAAGCGGGNNGUGGUGCAAUGGCUUAGCAACCAGCAGCCCACCAGUGCUGUCAAGAGCGCCGAACUUACCUGGCAAUUAGGUCAUUGUUCAUUUCCACCGUUGCGUCUCCUCUUGGGUAGUUUCGCCGUAGAGAGCAUACGUGACCGCUUGCGGUGCAUCAUAGAGGAGUCUUGUACAGNNAUCGAAGAUUGGAAACAUCUAAGCUUUCUUCGCGCCGAUGAGAGAGACCAGCAGACACCGCAGCCUGCAGGGGAAGAUUCGACGUCACAGCACCAACUGACACCGGGCGAUGAAAUUGCUGAAGUCGCAGAUGGGGACAUGGACAUCGACGAAGGC